GAUGCUGUAGAAAAGCUGGGGGCCUGCAAGAGGUGCUUGGUCUGUCAUGGAGAAGAUGAUGAAUGCAAAGACACUUACCUGUGCAGGAAAAGAGACUGUAAGAAAGACCAUCAUUUCUUUCUUUGUCUGAAGGGAGAUUUCAAGAGAAGUGUCUCAGACAGAAGACAAUCCAAUGUGAGAAGGUAUACGCUUACAGAGGAGCAGGAGGAAUUGGUAUCUAAGCUCUCCCCAGAGAUGGCAGAGAAAUUCAAGAAAGCAUUCACCAACGCCACUGCGAAAACAAACUGUGUCUCAAAUAAUCAGCUGGGAGUGACUGAGUCAAGUGCAGUAGAAGAAUUGCCAGUUAUUCUAAUGUUGCUCAAGGUAACUGCCAAUGCAGGACAAAGAAUUGGAACCCUGAUCGACUUGGCAUCGGACACAAACUACAUCACUCACAGAGCUGCCAGAAGAUUAAAUCUUCGAAGUGAAAACAUCACUUUAGUCGUUCAUGGAGUCGGAGGAAUGGCCAUGAAGGUUAGAACCAGAAGAUAUCUCCUCAGAGUGAGGGUCAAAACGCCCAUAGGCACGGAAAGAGCUCAUGAGCUUAUCUGCUAUGGUUUGAAUGAAAUUGCCAACGUCCACAGAGUCAUCAAACCUGAGCAACUCAAGAAGUUCUUCCCAGAAGUCAAUCUAGGAGAUCUGAGUAGACCAGAGAGUAUUGAGCUACUGAUAAGCCACCGCGAAGGAAGACUUGCUCCGCAAAGAGUGAAGGUGAUUGGAGACCUUGUCUUGUGGGAAGGCCCGCUAGGAAAGACUGUUGGUGGAGCACAUCCAGAUCUGUUUGAAGAAGUGGAUAUAGCCGCACACAGGUCUGAAACACACUUUGCUCGAUCCAUGAAAGCAACUGCUGUCAAAUAUCAAGAGAUAGCUAAGCUGUUCACAGCUGAAACCAAAGGAACAGUUGCUCACAGAGAGUUCUUGGAUUGGUGGAAGUGGGACAGCAUUGGAGCAGCUUGCGACCCAAAGUGUGGAGGAUGCCGGUGCGGCAACUGUCAACCAGGAGGCAAAGAAAUGACUCUGAGUGAGGAAAGAGAGCUGGAGAUCAUAAGGAAAGGCCUCACCUACAUCAAAGCAGAUGCUCACAGUGAUGAACCCCACUGGGACACAAAAUACCCCUGGAUUCAAGAUCCAAGUUCCCUUCCUGACAACAGGAGUGGGGUGGAAGCCACCUUCUUGAGAACAGAAAAGCAACUCAAAAAAGAGCCAGAGUGGAGAAUAGCAUACACAGCUCAAGUCCAUGAAAUGGUCGAGAGAAGAGCAGCGAAGAAACUCACCAAAGAGCUCAUUGCCAGCUGGAAGGGGCCAGUAUGGUAUGUCAGCCACUUGGUGGCAGCAAACCCGCACUCUCUCACAACACCUGUGAGACUGGUAUGGAACAGCAGCCAGAAGUUUAGAGGGGUCAGCAUGAAUGACCUUCUGCUGAAAGGGCCUGAUGUCCUCAAUCCCAUCCGAGCAGUACUACUCAGGUUCAGGAGAGGCGUCAAUGCUGUCCUCGGCGACAUUAAGAAAAUGUACAAUUCUGUGUGGUUGGAAGACCUGGAGAUGCACCUCCACAGAUUUCUCUGGAGAGACACUGAGGAGGAAGAGAUUGAAGAGUAUGCGAUCACCAGAGUCAACAUUGGCGAUCGACCAGCAGGGUGCAUUGCGCAAUUGGCUAUGAGAGAGACAAGCAAACUGCCCAUGUUUGCUCACCUGGAGGAGGAACGUAGGAUCCUUGAAGAGGAUACCUAUGUCGAUGACAUCCUGACUUCCCAUAAUGACUUGCAAAAGCUGGACCAGAACACCAAAAGUGUUGAAGAGAUCCUGAAGGCAGGCGGCUUCGUCCUCAAGCCCUGGGUCCGGUCAGAUCAAAGUGGGAGGCAGGAGAUCGUACCAGAAGAACAAGGAGCGCAGUCAAGCACAGCACUCAUUCUCCCAAACCAAAUGAGGGAAGGAUACAAUAAAGCCCUUGGAGUUGGAUACCUUGUUGAGGAGGAUAGACUGUACCUCAUGACUUCAAUCAAUUUCUCAAAGAGGAAAGGGAAAAUGAGAGUCGGCCAAAAUCUCCUUGAUGAAGAGGUGAGAGGGAAAACUCCAAACCCACUGACGAGAAGAGAACUGCUGAGCCAGGUAGCUAGCCUGUAUGACCCAAUAGGCCUCGUCACACCUGCCAAACAAAAGGGUGCCAUUCUUGUCAGAAAGGCGUUUCAGGAAGCUGGAGGCAAAACUCUGAACCGAGACACUUGGGACAAACCUUUGUCUGAAAAUUUGAGGGAAGAAGCCAUCCAAUUCUUUGAGGAAUACACACGUCUUGGCCAAAUCACCUUUCACAGAAGCCUCACACCAGCCAACUGGAUUGGAAAACCAUGGGGAAUAACAUUCUCUGAUGGAAGUGACAAGAGCUAUGGAGCCGUAGUGUACUUAAGAUGGGAGACCCAGCAAGGCAUCAAAGUCAGACUGGUUGAAUCCAAAGCAAAGCUCACACCAUUGGACCAAAAGGGAGAACCAGUAAAAGCUGAAAUCUGCGGUGCUGUCUAUGCAGCACGACUUCGAAAAGUUGGAGAGAUCCAGAAAUCCACAUCCAUAGAAGACUGGUGGUGGAUCCCAGGAAGCCUGAACAGUGCUGACAUCAUAACAAGAGGGGCAGCCCCAGAAGACCUCCAGGAAGAUUCCAUGUGGCAGGAUGGACCAGCAUUCCUGAGGAAACCUGUGAAAGAGUGGCCACAUAAGUCAGCCAAAGAAAUCGCUGCGUAUGCCAAGGAAGGUAUAAACAAACUUCGAAGGAAAGCUUUCUCAGCAGCACUGACCAGAGCGCAGGUCAAGAGAAACCAGAGUGAUACACAGCAAAAUAAACCAGAUGAACCUAAGACUCGGAUCCGAAGAUCACCAGCCGGCUCUGCGGUAACAAAACUGAUUGACAUCAGGAAAUUCAGCAAUCUGACCAGGCUGAUCCGAGUCAUUGCCUGGGUUUGGAGAGCCGCAACGAGAUGGAAAGAAAUAUUGACCAAGAAUUCAGCCUCAGAUAAGCCAAAGUGGGAGGACGCUCUUACAACAAACUGGAGGUACAGAGCCAAACAAGCUGUACUCACUGUCGGGGAGUGUGAGGAUGCACUAAGAGACUUGUUCCUUGCAGCUCAAGAAGGUAUAACCUUUCAAGAUACCACUCUCAACAGACUCGCUGUUUACAGAGAUAAAGAGACUGGGCUCUUAGUUUGUGGAGGAAGGUUCCAGAUCUUUGAUGAGGACGAAACUGCCGUACCAAUUCUACCAUAUGAGGCAUGGAUAUCCACUCUCCUAGCUCAAGAGGCCCAUGGUGCAAAUCAUGAAGAAAUAGCAGGCACACUCCUCCGGAUGAGGAAGAAAGCCUGGGUGAUAAAAGGCCGGAAGCUGGCUAAAAAGAGAGUUGACAAUUGUGUGGUGUGCAGAAAGGCCAGGGCCAGAAAGUGCCAACAGAUCAUGAGUGACCUUCCACCUGAGCGGAUAACACCAGCCAGACCAUUUGAGUACACAACAGUGGACUUAUUUGGACCGUAUGAAGUCAAGGACGAGGUGAAAAAGAAAACCAAGCUCAAGGUGUGGGGUAUUGUCUUCUGUUGCAUGGUAUCCAGAGCUAUGCACACAGAUGUUGUCAGUGACCAGUCGACGGAAGGGACGGAAGGCUUCCUACUGGCUUACCAAAGAUUCACGGCACUGAGAGGGCACCCAAAGAAAUUGUGGUCAGAUCCUGGAAAGAACUUUGUGGGUGCCAGACCUGCCCUCAAAGAACUCUACAUCUUCUUGGAUCAACUAGGUAAAUCUGAGCUUGAAAAUGAAGCUUCCAAGCAUGGGACAGAAUGGAGCUGGAAAAUCCACCCAGCAGACUCCCCUCACAGGAAUGGAGCUGCAGAAGCAGCUGUUCGUACUGUGAAGCGGGCUUUGCACAACCUGGGAGGAGAAGGACUCUUCACAUGGA